AAAAUAGCAACUUGGUCUUUUAUAGCCCCAGAAUUCCCGUGAUGCCCCACGCGGCCGCACUGAUUGGUUGAGCGUCUGGCUUCCAGGGUGUGGACGCACUGUUGAGCAAUCGUGGCUGAACUGAGUGUGCGCGCGUGCGCGGGGCCGCGACCAGCGCCAGCUCGAGCCCGUGGGCGCUCGGGGGCGCGCACGUUGCUCCCCGCCCUCCCGCCACCGCCCGCCCUCGCUCGCUCGCGUUCCCCGCCUGCCGCCAGCCGUCCUCCGUCGGUUCUCUCCUGAGUCCGCCGUCUCCCUUGGACCUGCCGGUCUCCAUCUCCGAGCCUGCGACUCCCAGACAGGCGUCCUCGGCGCGAAGAGGCCGGAGUCGGAGUCGUCGCCUCGAGUGUUGCAUCUGAGAAGUUCCAGGUACUUUGUACAAGCUCUGUCGUGGAAGCUGUGUGCUUUCUAGCACAUUUGUAAGCAAUGGCUGCCAUCAGGAAGAAACUGGUAAUUGUUGGUGAUGGAGCUUGUGGUAAGACAUGCUUGCUCAUAGUCUUCAGCAAGGACCAGUUCCCAGAGGUUUAUGUGCCCACGGUGUUUGAGAACUAUGUGGCAGAUAUUGAAGUGGAUGGAAAACAGGUAGAGUUGGCUUUAUGGGAUACAGCUGGACAGGAAGAUUAUGAUCGCCUGAGACCUCUCUCCUAUCCGGACACUGAUGUUAUACUGAUGUGUUUCUCCAUCGACAGCCCUGAUAGUUUAGAAAACAUCCCUGAAAAAUGGACUCCAGAAGUCAAGCAUUUUUGUCCCAACGUGCCCAUCAUCCUGGUUGGGAACAAGAAGGAUCUUCGGAAUGAUGAACACACAAGACGGGAGUUAGCCAAGAUGAAGCAGGAGCCGGUAAAACCUGAAGAAGGCAGAGAUAUGGCGAACAGGAUUGGCGCUUUUGGGUACAUGGAGUGUUCAGCAAAGACCAAAGAUGGAGUGAGGGAGGUUUUUGAAAUGGCCACGAGAGCUGCUCUGCAAGCCAGACGUGGGAAGAAAAAAUCUGGGUGCCUUGUCUUGUGAAACCUUGCUGCAAGCACAGCCCUCAUGCGGUUAAUUUUGAAGUGCUGUUUAUUAAUCUUAGUGUAUGAUUACUGGCCUUUUUCAUUUAUCUCUAAUUUACCUAAGAUUACAAAUCAGAAGUCAUCUUGCUACCAGUAUUUAGAAGCCAACCAUGAUUAUUAAUGAUGUCCAACCUGUCUGACCUGCCAGGGUCCUUCUGACACUGCUCUAACAGCCCUCUCUGCACUCCACCUGACACACCAGGCGCUAAUUCAAAGAAUUUCUUCUUGCUUCUUUCUAGAAAGAGAAACAGUUGGUAACUUUUGUGAAUUAGGCUGUAACUACUUUAUAACUAACAUGUCCUGCCGCUCAUCUGUCAGCUGCAAGGAACUCUGAGUCAUUACUUCAGAGCUUUACUCCUUAAUAAAUUUAAUUGGCAGAGCUCUGGGAUGGUCAUCCAGUUUUUGAAAACAUGCUCAGCCAGAAAGGCCUAAGUCCAGGCAGCUGUGGCAGAGUUACAGUUCUGUGGUUUCAUGUUAGUUACCUUAUAGUUACUGUGUAAUUAGUGCCACUUAAUGUAUGUUACCAAAAAUAAAUAUAUCUACCCCAGACUAGAUGUAGUAUUUUUUGUAUAAUUGGAUUUCCUAAUACUGAUAUUUGUCAUUCCCACAAAAAGUGUAUUGGUUUUUUUUUUGUUUUUUUUGUUUUUUUUUUUAAAGAAAAAGUGUAUUUGGAAAUAAAGUCAGAUGGAAAAUUCAUUUUUAAAAUUCCUGUUUUGUCAGUUUCUCUGAUAAAAUACGGCCAUAUCUUCCCCUGUUAAGCCCUACAUAUCCUCGUAACCCCUUUCCAGAGCUGGGCUAAGUAAAUAGGAAUUUGGUUUUACGCCUGAGGCAAAUUAGAAACUUGAAGGUGGUAAAUAGCCUUUCUCAGCUGGACUGCGGGGUCUGGCUCUAAGUCUUAGUGCUCCUUCCUUCACACUGUAUCAAAUUACCUCCCAGAGGAGCCACCAGUUCCUGGGGGUGGCACUGGGGGUUUUCUCUUCUGUCCAGCUGACUAAACUUUUUCUGUACCAGUUAAUUUUUCCAACUAAUAGAAUAAAGGCAGUUUUCUAAACUUCCUG